AGCAACAAAUUGCGUAUAUAUUCGUGGGGCAGCAGCAACAGCAGCUGAUUUCACAUAUCAAGAGAAGAAUGCUCGAACUUGAGAUUGUGCCCGAGAACUCGAUGAGCUGCGAUGCCUGGGAGUUUGUCCUGGGCAUGCACUUCUCGCAGGCCAUCUCCAUCAUACAGUCGCAGGUGGGGAUCAUCAAAGGUGUCCAGGUGCUAUAUUCGGAUACAAAUCCACUGGGCGUGGACAUAAUCAUCAAUCUGCCACAGGAUGGUGUGCGCUUGAUUUUCGAUCCCGUUGUGCAGCGUCUGAAGACAAUAGAGGUGUUCAACAUGAAGCUGGUGAAGCUGAAAUACGGAGGCGUCUACUUCAACUCACCCGAGGUGUUGCCCAGUAUAGAACAGAUCGAGCAUUCGUUCGGAGCCACCCAUCCGGGAGUGUAUGAUGCAGCCAAGCAACUCUUUGCCCUGCACUUCAGAGGACUCAGCUUUUACUUCCCUGUAGAUAGCAAAUUGCAUUCUGGAUAUGGCCAUGGGCUUGGCUCCUUGGUCUUCCUGAAUGGUGCCUCGCCGGUCGUCUCCAAGAUGUCUCUCUACGCUGGCAGCAAUGUUGCGGAAAACCGUGCUCCUGCACUGCCCUUGGGCUGCUACCAUAGACAAAUGUAUCUGGAAUCGGCCACAGUUCUUCGCACUUCCUAUGGCCACACCAAAGGCCUCAAGCUGAAUCUCUUUACGGAGGGUUCUGGUCGUGCCUUGGAGCCACGUCGGCAGUGCUUCACACGAGAACUGCUCUUUGGAGACAGCUGCGAGGAUGUGGCCACCAAUCUUGGUGCUCCCAACCGCAUAUUCUUCAAGAGCGAGGACAAGAUGAAGAUACACAGCUCGAGCGUGAAUCGACAGGCGCAGAGCAAGCGCAGCGACAUAUUUUUCAACUACUUCACGUUGGGCAUCGAUGUUCUCUUCGACGCUCGCACACAGACCUGCAAGAAGUUCAUUCUGCACACGAACUAUCCGGGCCACUUCAAUUUCAAUAUGUACCAUCGCUGCGAGUUCCAGUUCCAGCUGCAGACGGACCACCCGCACAGUGAUAACCUCGAUCUGAUGACGCCCUCAAAGCAAGACUAUGUGAAUAUAACUGCCUACACCAAAUGGGACGAAAUCAGUGGCUCGUUGUCUACGUCGGAGCGGCCAGUGGUGUUGCAUCGUGCCAGCUCAACGAACACGGCGAAUCCCUUUGGCUCCACCUUUUGCUACGGCUAUCAAGAUCUUAUAUUCGAAGUGAUGCCCAACAAUCAUAUUGCCUCUGUGACGCUCUACAACACAGCGCCGCCCCGGCAGCCCGCCCACUCCUGGCAGCAGCACAAAAUGCAGGACAUUCGUCUGACCGUGGCCUAGAGCAGAAUGGUCGAUCAGGUCACACGGUCGUCAAUGCUACGUGGAUGCGGGCUCUGUGAUGCUUUGUGGAAGGGAUGUCUUAUCGUCUCGUGUUCUAAUCUAUAAGCUACAACAAUGAUCUAACCUAGGCAUAAGCUAGAUACAUACAAUAUACAUACGAGUAUAUAGUAAUAUGCAUAUAUAUAGAUACAUAAUAUAUAUAAAAUUUCUAUUGUAGCCUAAGCAAAACUCUUCAGACGACUCAUCAUCUCUGACCACGUUCAUACUGCGGUAUUCCAUUGUGUUAAAUCGAUUCUAUUCGACGCAUAAACUGACAAUUAAGUAGCCUCGUACUUUUAACAAUUGCAUGUCGUUAAAAUAUUUCAAUACUUUUAAGCUCAAACCCGUGUAUUUCUCUUUGAAAAAGAAACAAAAAAUCAGCAAAAAAAAUAUACAUAA